UCACCGUGCGCCUCGUUCGGGUCCCGUCGUUGCACUGCUAUCACACGCACAGCCGCCGGCUUUUAACCGACGGGUGAAAGCGAAAGCACAGUAUACAGGUCAGGAAACGAAAGCAAAAGUCAUUAGAAGUGCCUCUAGCGCCGAGUAAAAGCGCAGAGUAAAAACACAAACAAGUAAAAAGUAACAGUUGUCUGGGGCGUGGCCGCCGCUCGGACCGGUAGCACCACGGACCGGUUUCGUCGGUAACAAGGCCCAUGACGGGACAGGGAGAAUGGUGUUAACUUACCAGACCGACAGCUAUGCUCAAGAGUUGGAUACUGACGUGGUGAGCUGCUGUGCGGCCGAGCACAAGCUGCCAGUUGAUGGCCGACCAACCCGGGUGCAGUGCCAUGAGGUGGUGCUGGCAGACACUGUAUUGUUCCCGGAGGGCGGCGGUCAGCCAGACGAUCGCGGAACCAUCGGCGGCCAGCCCGUGCUUCGUGUGCUGCGACGGGGCGCGGAGCCCGUUCACCUCCUCGAGGGACCACUGGCCGUUGGUGAGCGCGUGCACGUAGCCGUGGACUGGGCGCGCCGCUGGGACCACAUGCAGCAGCACUCGGCGCAGCACCUGAUUACUGCCGUGCUGGACCAGCUGUAUGGGUGCACCACCACCUCCUGGGCGCUGCGCGAGGCAUCAUUCUGCACCAUCGAGCUGGACAGUGCUCAGCUGACGGCCGAGCAGUUGGUGAAGGCGGAGGAGCGCGCCAACCAGCUGAUCCGGGAGGCUCGCCCCGUCACCGUCAGCGUCCACCAGGCAGGGGACGCGGCUCUGAACGGGGUCCGCGCGCGUGGCCUUCCCGACGACCACGUCGGUGCGGUGCGCAUCGUAUCCAUCGCCGGCGUGGAUGACAACAUGUGCUGUGGCACCCACGUCAGCAACCUGGCGCACCUGCAGGCGGUGAAGCUUCUAUCAGCAGAGCGCGGCAAGAAGGGCCGCACCAACGUCUCAUUCCUGGCCGGCCAGCGACUGCUCGACUACGUGGCCGAGUCGGCGCGGCGCGAGACACAGCUGAACCUCACGCUGAAGUGCGGCCCCGGCGACUACGCCACCGUGCUGGACAAGUGGCAGCGCACGAUGAAGGCCGGCCAGCGGGCGGCGCGGGACGUGCUCCGUCAGCUGGCUGACGCCGAGGCCGAGCGGUUCUGGCGCCCCGGCGAGCGGUUCCUCUCGGUGCACCAGCCGCACGGUGACGCGGAGUUCAUGUCGGCCGUGGUGUCGGCCGUGGGUGACGGCACAGUGCCGGUGCUGGUGACCGUGGGCGGCGCGGACGGCGCGCCCGGCUCGCUGCUGCUCUCCGGCCCGCCGGCGCUGGUCGAACGGCUCGGACCCCGGCUCUGUGAGCUCAUGGACGGCAAAGGCGCCGGCAAGAACGGCCGCUUCUCCGCCAAACUGGGCUCGCUCAAACAGCGCGCCCAGGCCGACCGGCUGCUGCGCGAGGAGAUCGAGUCAUCGACCGAAAGUUGAACGGAGUCCUAUAUCCUUUUGUUGAACGAGCUCUGUGUGUGUUUGGUCGUUAUUAGUGAUGACUUUCGUUUAGUCGCAUAUGGUCAGUUCACACAUCGGGUCACGUCCAAGUCACGUCGGCGUUUUAUGUGAUAGUCGUGGAGUCAUUCGGUCACUUUCAUUGAAUGUUUCUGUCUGAAAGCUAAUGUUUUCGAUAUGCUGUUGUGAUUAUAAGUUUGAUGUAAAUGACAAACAAUGCAACAAACGCAAUGAAAACUAAAUGAAAAAUGUCACUAAAUGAAAACUUUAAUCGAGGGAAAGUUGUUAUCUUCACGGCCCUCUGAGUGUGUAGAGUAUCGAGUUGUUCUUGUAAAGAAGUUUUGCCCGGCCGUGUAAAGAAGUUUUGCUACAUUAUAUUCAUUACUUAUGCAAUAUGCAUGCAUCUAAAUCGAAAUUCGAACUCAGGAUCUCAAAGUAUCCCAGCAAAACCUCUCUUCAAGAAGUUCUAGUGGGUCCUAAUUGGCCGAGUUGUGGGUCAUUGAGGUGAUCUGGAUUGUCAACCAAUGACGUAAGGUUUUCGAGUUAGAUACCAUCGGCUUCCUCUCCUCACGAGCAAUACUAUCUUUUCUUUUCGGAACGCUGUUGUUUAAUGGGUCCGGUUACCCCCCAGAAAUUGGCGGCUGUGAUUUGUGAAAACGCCACUACGGGCGACGGUAACCCAUCCAACGGCCUACUGGGGUCAUAUCGGUUUGUAUCAGUCAUCUGUCUCUGUUUCUGUUUCCGUCUACGUCAAGGUGUUGUGUUCGUUUCGCUCUCGCUCUGCCAUCGAGGAGAAAGUUUGAGUGAGUUUGUCACAGUUAGCAUAUUAUACGCAUCUGCAGUCUACAUGCUUGAUUUUGAUAAACAACGUGCUUGGUCGCCAUUUUCAGCCGGAUAAGGGAUGGUUGUAUAAUUUGUUUACAAUUUGCAUUGAAUUACUCAUCAGGUACCGAUCUAUUCGAAGAACAAAACAUGUUUUUUCUGCAUCGCUGUUACGAUUAGUCUGCUGCGAUAAUCCGGUAACGAAUCACAGGUGCGCGGCAUAUGCCCCUCGGCUCUGGUCGUACCGGACAUUACACACCGGGCCGGACUGGCAUUGCAGCACGUCUUAGUGGUGCUUACACGCGUGCCGGGCGCUCCGACGCAGACCUGCCGCUCUGCAUAGAUUGAUGCCAAAAUUAGAUACAGGCACAGAUCACAAAGAGCCGUCCCCGCCAACCUGGGCAGACUUGAGAGUUGAGACCCUUGAGACAUGAUGUACCAUACCCUACCUACGCAAUGCAGAUGCUUUAUGUAGGCACGGUACCGUAUGUGUACAAAAUACAAAUAAGUAUCGGAAA